AUAUUGACUUGACCUAUAAAUGGUUGAAUUGUUCAAACUAUCAUUUGACGAAUGUUUGACGAGACACAUAGAUGAACAUGGAUGAUUAACCUCCCAUGAAAUAAACAAAAUAGUAAAAAAACCAACCGUUACAACAAAAUUCAGUUACCCUCGAUGUCCUUCAGCUGUUUUAACAUGGAACAGCACAUAUUGGAGUUCUCAGACUUUCUUCAUUGCUGGAAGAAUACUCUAUCUAUUGUACAUAUACCCUCCUCUUAGCAUCCUCAGCCAACACCAACACAAACACAAUCUCUACAAAUCAUUCGUCACAUUUUCUCUUGAUCAGCUUUCUGCAAUAAUGGCAGGUCAUCCUCAUCAUCCUCAGUCUUAUUCAUUUAUCGACAUUGACGCACAGUAUACCAAUGGUUCAAUAAGAAAAUGCAUUACUAUACCACCCGCGAUCUAUUCAGCGGGCCUUUUUCAGAAGAAUGCAACUGCAGGAAUUCUAUCCCAUCCAUUGCCACUUCUAGAAUUGCAGCUGAUUGUGAUUUUCAUGGUCACAGUUCUCAUUCAUUUCAUGCUCAAGCGUAUUGGAAUCCCCGUGUUCGUCUCUCAGCUUUUGGUAUGUGUCUCAUCUCUGCCUCUUAUGCUCCCCUGUAAUGUCUUUCCAAUGAUAUAUGUUCUGUAUAAAAUGGUGUCUGAGAAUAGAUUGUGAUGUUUUGUGCAAAAUAGACUGGCAUAAUCCUUGGACCAACGGCUCUAGGGAGGGAUGAUUUCGUCGAGAAAAAGCUUUUUCGCCAAGAAGGUCAGGAAGCGUUGGGAAUGAUCUCGGCAUUCGGAUACAUGAUGUAUUUGUUCAUAAUGGGAGUGAAGAUGGAUCCAACAAUGGUUCUUAGGACAGGAAAGAAGGCCUUGGGAAUUGGGUUCGUAGCAGUUUCUCUGCCAUUAGCUGCCACUGUGAUUGCCCAUAUGGCGAUGGGAGAUGCAGGAGUGCCUAAAGAAAUGAGGCCUGACCAAUUUAUGGUUAUUGCUAUGCAGUCCAUGUCUACAUUUCCUGUCGUCGCAACCCUCCUCGUCGACUGCAAAGCCCUCAACUCAGAACUCGGCCGGUUAGCGCUAUCAGCAUCACUAGUCAGCAACAUGUUCGCAGUCUCUAUCAUGUUUUGCAUCACCACAGUCAGUACUUAUGCAAACGGAGCUAGAGAAGCUGCGGGAAACACCAUUGCAAUAGUAUUGUUCAUCAUCGUUGCUGUGUUCCUGAUCAGGCCGGCAAUGUUUUGGAUGAUUAGGCAUACACCUGAAGAUAGGCCGGUAAAGAACACGUACAUUCAGAUCAUCCUUGUCGUAGUCUUUGCAUCUGCGAUUUACACGAAUAGCUUCGAUCAGUUGGUUCUUUUCGGCCCAUCCAUUCUGGGAUUAACAAUACCUGAAGGACCACCAAUAGGAACCCAAUUGAUAGAUAAGUUUGAGUCCUUCAUUGUUGGUGUCUUUAUGCCAAUCUACGUAACUACAGCUGGGAUGAGAGUGGAUCUGAAGAGCUUACUGAAUCACUUCCAUCACAUGAAACACAGUCUAGUGCUUGUCAUUGUUGCAGCCAUCUCCAAAUUCGUGGGGGUAUUGAUUCCUUCAUAUUUGAGCCACAUGCCCAUCAGAGAUACUAUCACAAUUGCUACUAUCAUGAGCUACAAUGGCGUUGUCAUACUGGCAAGCUACACCUAUUCAAAAGACAACAAUAUAAAUUUGCAGGCACUCUCGGGGGAUACGUUUUCUUUCGUUGCUGUCUGCAAUAUAUUCAAUUCCAUCAUUGUGUCACUGCUGAUGAAAAUCCUCUAUGAUCCGUCAAGGAAAUACGCCGGCUACCAGAAAAGGAACAUUAUGCAUGUAAAGCCAAACUCAGAACUUCGGAUUGUUUCCUGCAUUCACAAACCUGAAGACGUAGCUGCUACAAUAAGAUUACUUGAUGUCUCAUAUGCAACACAAGAAAGUCCUAUUGGGGUUUAUGUGCUUCACCUUAUUGAGCUAGGUCACCGAUCCACUCCACUCUUCAUUUCCCAUCAAACGAAGAGGGUGGUGGACGUCCACCCUUACUCUCAAAACGUCAUCCUUGCUUUUUCUCAAUAUGAGAGAGACAACUGGGGCUUUGUAUCGGCGAACACCUUCACAGCUAUGUCUCCAACAGACCUGAUGCAUGAAGACAUAACAACUCUCGCGCUCAACAGAGCCACGUCUCUCAUACUCCUCCCAUUCCACCGUAAGUGGUCAAUUGAUGGGAUUGUUUCAUCAGAAGACAAUCUUAUAAGGACCUUAAAUUGCAGAGUUCUUGAAAGGUCUCCUUGCUCUAUUGGUAUCCUUGUCGACCGACCCCAAGUCAGGAAGGGAAAUAAUGGUUUAGUUCAACUUAUGAGACGUGCAUCCAGUAACUCUUCUGGCCACCUGUUCCGCUCAGCUUCAAGCAUGCCUCCCACAGAGGAGACAUCAUACUCUGUGGGUAUGAUCUUCUUCGGAGGCAACGAUGAUCGUGAGGCUUUGACUUUAGCCAAACGAAUGGCUAAAGAUGCAUCCGUGAACCUCACGGUGACACGCUUUCUUCCAGAGGAAGGCACUACAAUUAUGUCCACAGAGAGUGUACGUGACAAUGAGGUGUUGAAGGAUGUUAAGCAAAACAAUGUUGGUGAUGGAUAUGUAAUAUAUGUAGAGGAGGUGGUAAAGGACGGACCUGAAACUGCUCUGAUCAUUCGAGAAAUGGCGGGGGACUACGACCUCAUCAUAGUUGGGAGACGCCAUGGCAUUGAGUGCCCUCAAACGUCCGGUCUUGCAGAAUGGAGUGAAUUCUCCGAACUGGGAGUCAUUGGCGACUUACUUGCCUCACCAGAUUUCAGCACCAGAGUUUCUGUAUUGAUUAUACAACAACAAAUUUGUAAAUAGUACGGUCAUGACGCAGUAAAUAUGUACACAAAUCCUCGAAUUGCAUUUUGUUCUCAGUUUCGUGCUUACAACAAAACCAUAUAAAUUCCAGCAGAACUAAACACUAUUGGGAAAAAAUCCACAACAACCAAAUCAGAAGUGCAUGAACUAAGAAUCAUAACAUAGAGAGCCCUAGAUAACAACUGGUGGUUUCUCCGCGAAACCGUAGAUACAUAAAAUCAAUGUAGCACUUCGACUCGAGCGAUGGGGGAGAGAGCAAACGGAUCGAAACUCGAAACCCUAGCAAGUUCUCUGUUUUUCUCACAUGAUCGCGAAUGACGGGGAGGGAGAGAGAGAGAGAGGGCGAUGUAAGGGUAAGCAGCUCUUUCUGCGAGGCACUCUUCAGGAAGAGAAGCGA